AUGCCUGCGCCUCGAAGAAAAGCCCUGAUUGCUAGCAGACGCAGACGACAAGAUGAUGGCGAAGAAGAAGACUCCUUGGUUGGUGAUUUCGACGAUGACUCACUAAGUGAAGCCUCUGCCAUAAGCAAUGGCGAUGGAAUAGAUGCUGCAGGAAGCGAUUCCAGUGAUGAUGGGCAGGACUCGGUGACUCAGCACCCACACCCCAAAGGAAAAGCUGUUGAACAAAAUAACCAAUCCAAGCAUGAUGCCCUUUCGCCCUUUCGCCCUGCACGUGUAAACGGCACAUUCAAUUCCACAGCUGACAACAAGGCUCUGCUUUACGAAGUCAGAAAUACAGAGGCCUCGCAACCCAGCCAAGAGAUUCAUUUGGAUAAUAUCCCCGACUCGAAUGAAGCCGUCCCUGUCAACAGCCAUGUUGCUGUGCCCACUGCACCACGGAAUGAGACGUUCGCCCAGCGUGCUCGCCGGGAACAUCAAGAGUACAUCCAACAGCGAAAUACAAAUCCAGCUUUUGUUCCCAACCGGGGUGGCUUUUUCCUCCACGACGAUCGAAGCACAGGUGCAAAUGGGCCCUCGAGGCCUGUCCUCCGCGGGCGUGGGCGUGGAUACAACUCGGUAGCACAAGCAGGACGAGGUUUUGGGUUGAAUGAGCCCACAGAGAAGCCCUGGGCACAUGAUCUACAUGAACGACAUGAAGCCGCACCAAAGACUGACCAAAGCACGGCAAGGAAUCCAGCCGACUCACAAGAGGGCAAGAAUGAGAAGUCGCUUGCGCCUAGUGCUCCAAACAGGUCCUUUUCGUUUGUCACAGUCCGGGGAAAUGUUACAGUCCAAGUCUCACUGCCAGGAAUGGAACACAAGAAGUUGGUUUCCAACGUUGUGAAAAGACAACAUACUCUCCUACCGCAGCACCGCCCACCCUUGAGACGAGAUAAGCCUGUGAGGGUCUCCAUACCCGACGAGGCGCCACGCUACAUAUUUCCAAGCACUGAGAGAUCGUUCAUCUUCAUCCCUCGAGCGCUGCGCCCUAACCAGCAGUACGGUCGUGGCCGGGGAAGGGGCAGUUUCCACGGGAGCCGUCGACCGAGCAUGUAUGGCAGUGCGUACACUCCUAGCGUUGCAAUGAGUCGAAAAUCAUCACUGGGUGGCUCGACCAUGCGAGAUGGACUCCGAUCUCCAGCCGAGUCCGUCAUGUCUCGCAUGGGAAUGCCAGGUGUGGAAGCCCCCCGACCGAUUGUUAGAAUGCCAUCAGCUGUACCUACACCGUCAUUGUCACGCUCGGGCCUUCCCCUGAUGAAUGGCAACGCCAGCUUGGGUAUGGCACCAAAUCACAUGAUCGCUCCUACUGCGUAUGGCAGUCAUUCUACGUCGAUCCCCAUGCAUCAGCCCCGACCCCAAAAGACGGUCUCGGUGGCAGAUAUCGAGUCGCCAACCUCAUUUCCAUUCAAGGCUCCCCUCCAACAACUUGAGCAGCCGUUCCAUCAGCAGGUCCCGCCACACAUGGAAGAAAGACACGGUCAGCCGCAAGCUAUGGUCACCGCGGCCGGGCAUACACCACUCUCGCAGAUCCCCGAGGGCGCGAUAUAUGCUCCAGGAUUUCAGCCCUAUCUCGAGUUGGGGCAACCCGCAUAUUUUGGACCAGGCUACAAUAAUGGGCCAGUCUUUUAUCCGCCGGUUACUGAUGGUGCGCCGUACGGUGUGCCUAUGGGCGGCCCAGCUCUCCCACCAAGUUUCGUUCCUGGCUCCCAAGCCCAUCAUGUGGGCUACCUGCCCAACUCAACACCUUUGGAGAGCGGGAUUCCAGCGAACAUGGUGGCACACGAAUCGAACGGCAUGGUCUACUACUACAACCCACCUAUGUUCACGCCUGGAUCUCAAGGAGCCUUUCCACUCACUCCUAACCCUCACAUGGUUCCCAUGGGCAAUGGCAUGCCUGGGCAACAGCCAUAUCACUACUCUCCUAUGCCUGCCGGCAUGUUCUAUCAAGGGCAAACAGGCUGA